AUGUCAUCUAAUUAUAGGAAUUAUAAAAAUAAUCAUGAUAGUUAUUUUAAAGAAAAUGAUUAUAGGAAUAAUAAUAAAGAGAAAAGUAAAAUAAGGAAUAAUAAUCGAGAUGUCUUUGAAAAGGAAAGAAAUCAAAGCGUCAUAGAUAAUAAUAAAAAUAUGUUUGGAAAAAAUAAAUAUAAUUCUAGAGAUUAUAUGGAUAAAAAAUAUGAUAACAAGUAUAACAAAAAAUACGAUGAUAAGUAUGAUAAAAAUUAUGAUGACAGGUAUAACAAAAAUUAUGAUGACAAGUAUAACAAAAAUUAUGAUGACAAGUAUAACAAAAAUUACGAUGACAAGUAUGAUAAAAAAUAUGAUAAAAAAUAUCAAGAUAGCAAAAAUAAUGAAUAUUAUAGAGGAAAGAGAAAAUAUGAUGAAAGAAAACAUAGUUAUGUAAGUCAAGAAAAAGAUUAUAAUAGAGGAAAUAACUCAGAACCUUAUGAUAAAUACAAAGAAAGUAACCUUGAAAGGAAUAAUCAACAUACUAAAACAAUGAACCAUAAUAAUAACAACAACAGUUUAUAUAACAAAAAUGAAAAUAGAAGAAAGAGAUCCGUUGCUAAAAGUAAAGAAGAUGAAAGAAAUAAAUCAGGCGAAGAUUUAAGUGAAGAUGACAAGAAUAAAGAUUAUUCAUCUGCUUCAGAAAGUAAUUUUUAUAAAUAUAAAAAAAAAAAGAAUAACACAUACGAAUAUAAAGAUGAUAAAGAUUAUACAUGUUAUGAUAAUAAGUUUAAAAAAAUUAGAAAUAUAGAUGAUAUAUUAGAAAUGAAACCAAAUAUUUUGUUAUCAAGAUUUAUAUUUAUAUACAAAUUACUUGAUAAUAUUUCAGAAGAUGAAAUAGAUGAGUUAAUUAGAAAUAUAUCUAUAAACAAUGCUUUUUCAUUACCGGUUAAUAUAUAUAUAAAUAAAUUAUCGUAUUUUUCUAUAAAAGAUGAAUUAUUUGUAAAAGAAAAUUUAGAGUUUUUAAAAAAUAAUUCAUAUUUUAAUAUAAUACAACAAAAAAUUCAAUCUAAUUUUUUAUUAGACAAUAGAAUAAAUGAUGAUCAGUGUUGUAUUAUAGAAUUUCCUUCUGAUGAAGCUUCUGGCAAAUUAUUUUCACUUUAUGAGAAAGAUAAUUGUAUUGAAAUAAAAAAUAAUAUAUCUUAUAUAUUCCCCUUAUUCAAAUUAAAAAAUAAAGGGAAAAAUGUUGAAGAAAAAACUGUUAGUAAUAAAGUGAGUGAUUGGUAUUGUUCAGCUUGUAAUUUCUUAAACUUCUCUAGAAGAACAGCUUGUCACUUUUGCAAAGCUCUCAAAACGAGUGAUGCAAAAUUAGUAGACAAAGAAACUAGUACCAUUAGUACAUUUAUAAAAAAUAAUAUAAACAAUCAAGAAAAUAAUUUAUAUUUAAGAAAUAAUAAAAAUGUAUAUAAUAAUAUACAUGUUGAUAAAGGUACAUAUAAUCAUAUCAUGUCUGAUACUUUGAAUAUGCAAAAUGCAUAUGUAUAUAACAAUAUGGAGAAUAAUUAUGAAAAUAUUUUGAACGAUACUUAUAAAAAUACAAACAAUAAUAUUAGUAAUAAUAAUAAUGAUAAUAUUUAUAAUAAGGGGAAUGAAAAUAACCAUUUAAAAUUGUCAAAUAAUAAUAUAUUCUAUUCAUAUAACCCAUUUCACAAAUUUAAAGAUUCUCAUAAUUUUGAAAAUAUUAAUAAAGAGAUAAUAUGUGAUGAUCAAAAUAGUAAUAUGCUUAUUUUAAAAAAUAUGGAUGGAAAUAUACUAAUUAAAGAUUUCAUACAAUUUUUAAAUGUAACAUUUGAUAAGAAUGAGGUAAGUUGUAUUUAUUUAUUCAAUGAUAUUAAAGGUUCUGUUAAAAAAAAAGGGUUUUGCUUUAUUGAAUUUUAUAAUAUAAAUAUGGCAAAAAAGAUAAUGAAUAAUAUGGAAAAUAAUUAUUAUCUUAAUUUUCAAGAUAACUAUUUAAAAUUAGAUUAUGUAUAUGAAAAAGAAAAACAAUAUUUUUUUAAUUGUAUUCAAAUGGCCAAACUCGAUAUAAGUAAAAGCUCAGCUACAAUUGUUAAAAAUAAUAUUCCGUAUUUUAAUUUUUUUGUUAAUUAUUUUGAAGCAGUAGUACAUAUGAAUAUACUUUAUUAUACUUAUUUCUUGAUGUGGUCUUCACAAAUUAUUAUUCUAAAAAAUGGAAAACCUGAAUUAUCCGAGUUUUUCUUUGAUUACAAUAGUCAAUAUUAUUAUCACACUUUGUAUCAAUUAUAUUUUGAUAAUAAUACAAAAUAUUAUAUGUCUCUCUCAAAAGGUUAUUAUAUUUGGGAAGAGAAUUUAAAAUGCCUGAUUAGAGUUUAUUUGGAUAAUCUUGGUGAAUAUUCAUAUGAAAAAGAAGAUUAUGAUAAGAGGUUUUCUUCAAUGGAUGCAUCGAAAAAUAAGGAGCACAAAGAAACCCACCAACAAGUACCUAUAAAUGGUGAUAAUAAACAUGAUAAUAUCAAUAAUAAUAAUACAAGUAAUGGUCAUAUUCUGGAAGAGAAGGCAUGUAAUUAUAACAUAGAAAAGGAAAAUGAAAAAAAAAAUAACAAUGAAAAGGUUAUACUAAACAAAAUUUCGUCAUUUGUAGAAAAAGCAAAAGAAAUAGCUCUGGCCUCCAAAAAAAACAUUGAACAAAUGAACAUGAAUGAAAAUAACUUAUCUAUUUUGGAAAAAAAAAAUAAAGAAAUUAUAAAAAAACAUUUUACCACAGAUUCGGCAGAUGAUGAGGAUGAAGAAGAUGAUGAAGGUAAUGAUAACAAUGACGAUUAUGAGAAGGGAGACAAUAACGAAGGAUUGAAUAAAGGAACAAUAAAAAAUAAAGAUAAUAUAUCAGAUACUAAUAUAAUUGAAGAGCAAAGUCAUGAUGAUUGUAAUAAUAAGCAGCGUAUUGAUAAUUUUUUAAAUAAUGAUUAUAAAAAAAAUGUGAAACCUUCUGAUAAUAUAUUAAAUAAUAUUAAUAAUAAUAAUGAUAUGAAAAAGAGAUACACGAAUAUAUCAAAUAAUUCUUUUAAUCAUUCAAAUAUUUAUAACAAUAAUAAUGAACAUAUAAAUAAUAAUGGUGAAAAAGAUAUUAUAAGCGAACAAUCAGAUAAUAACAUAAAUAUUUGUUUUAUUUGCUUGAGAAAAUUUUUAAAUGAAGAAAUGCUUCAACGACAUAUUGAUGUUUCAAAUUUGCAUAAAAAAAAUGUAGAAAUUCUUUCAGAUCCUGUAUUAAGUAAUUAA